GUUUUGUUUGUUUUGAUGUUUAGUUUGUUCUGAUGUUUUGUUUGUUUUUGAGAUGUUUAGUUUGUUUUGAUGUUUUGCUUGUUUUUCUAGUAACAACAAUGAUGAGACCAACGAGAGAGGGGGGAAUACAACAAUACCCACACCAACAAUUUGAACAUCCCGAACAUUUUGUGCAUAGAAGGGUAUGUUUAGUUUAUGAAUGUUUUAGAUUAAAUAAUGAAAAUAUUAAGCAAAAACAAACAAGCGCAACACCAUAA